UUUUAUUUACGUUUGCAAUGAGUUAUAAUAACAGUGAAGACGUCAAGAAGUUGAUGGCAAACAUCGGAGAUCUCAAGACAUAUGCCGUGAUUCCCGCCGCCGGUAAAGGACUUCGAGUGUCCGGUGAUGUGUCGGAACCGAAACAAUAUAACAUUGUUUGCGAUAAACCAUUGAUUUAUCACACAAUUAAUGCUUGUCUUAGGAUUAAAUGGAUUAGUAAAGUGAUUGUAGUGUUUGAUGACAGUAACUAUCAGAAGAUGAAGAAUAUUGUGGACGAUAUAAAGCAUCAAAAACGGGUUCAUUUAGUUGUUGGAAGUAUUACAAGACAUGGGUCGAUAGCUAACGGUAUCGAUUCAAUAGCGGCGAUGAAGUGGCCGCUGCCGGACAUUGUAGUCAUUCACGACGGGGCGCGACCUUUGCUUGAGGAACAACUGCUCAUUCAUUUGGUAGACUCUGCUGUCAAAUAUGGAGCCUCGGGUGUGAUCUGUAAGCUGACCUCAACUGUGCUGUCGGUAUCUAAUGAUAACUUAUUGGACAAGGCUUUAGACCGAAGCCAAUACUUCGCGAGCGAAACUCCUCAAGCUUUUAGAUAUAAUCUCAUUAAAGACGCCUAUAAUCAGUGUUCACAACAAGACUUUGAUUUUAACACUGAAUGUCUGGAUUUAGUCCAGAAAUAUACUUCAUCGGCGGUCAAACUAAUUGAAGCCAACCCUUCCGAGUAUUUUAAAGUGACAUUUAAAAAAGAUAUCUAUACUGCUGAAGGAAUGCUUAGAGAGAAAAAGGAUGUUUUACUUCACUGUGACUUUCAUUGCGAAUCACAAGUGGAUUAUCGGUUUAUUAGUGAACUAAGGGAAGGGUUGGAAAAGACAUUUUCAAAUGUGGCUUUCUUUAAUAAUUCCUCAGCCAUUCAACUAACAUAUAAUCCAUUAAUUGUGAGAAUAUUAAUAAAAUUUUGCAAUUCUUGGAAAGAUAUAACUGAAAAAUCGCUUUCAAAAUGUGAUUCAAUGAUAUACUUAAUCAUAACGUGUGAUAAUACCAUCGAUUCCUUAUAUAAAGAGAUGAAUUGUUGGGUCAAAUCCAAAACUAAUGACAUUAAAAAGUUUUUUGUUAUUCACUCCAAUCUUGACGAGCUUAACAAACAUAAGGACAGACUUAUAAAAACAGUAUUAUAUUUAAGCAAACAAAGUCCCAUUGAAUUAAGUGGACAAAUAUUUUUCAUGUAA